UGGAGAGAAGGCAACAGCUGAAUGUGUUGCAGAUGCCAUUGCUGAUAAUCGAGCUGAGUUGGUUCACCUUCCAUCCUCCAUAAAUCUUCAUGCGCCAUUACCAUCUAAAGACUGCCCGACCUGUGAUGGCACGGGUGUGGUGGGCUGUCAUGAAUGCAAGGACAAAUUACAAGUCAGAAUCUCUGCAGAUGAUAUCAUGGAGCCUCCGUGGAAAGCCUACAAUGUUUUGAGGAAGAUGGACUACCCCUAUGAGCAUAUAGUUCACAGCAUGAAAGAUCCCAGCAUCGCUGCAUUUUGGCUGUUUACCUUGCCUCAAGUUGCAGGUGGAUUCGACUUUGAUGAUGAUGUCAAGAAGAAAAUUUGGUGGCAAUACAAGGAGUCUAUGCGGUAUGAUCAACUUCGUGAUGUGGUGGCCAAGCGGAAACCUGGCUGGGAGAACUUACAGGAAGCCUUGAUCUCCAUAGAUCCUGCUCGAGCCAGGGAAGAUCCUGUUAUUGUAAAAAAUAUCCCUUACUAUAAAGCCAAGAAAGCACUUGAAGCAGAAGUCAUGAAACUUGAUCCUCCACCAAGGCCACAAAAUUGGGGUGAACUGGACCUUCCAUUGAAUGCAUCUUCUUGGAGCAAGGAGGAUCUCAAAAAUCCUGAAAAGUUCUAUGAAAUGACUGUUCUUCUAAAUGCUCAAAGAGAAAUUGCUGAUAAAAUUUUGGAUUCACAGUGGGAGAAUAGAUGGCGCCAGCAAAGGUUGAAUGAGAUGUUGGAGGAGAAGGUACGUCCAUACAUGCAGAACAUUGACAGUGGGAUCCUCUCUCAGCCUAUUAUAUUACCAUCACAAGAUCAGAAUCAGAAGAAGACCCGACAACGGAGAUGGUGGUUCUUUUGAUGAUAGUUUCAACAAUUUUUGUACCCAGAAAGCACUGUGGACUGCCUCGAGCUCUUUUCAUUAUGUAUGAUUUUUUGGCUACACUGCAUCGUUCCACCCGGUGUGUAUUGCUUAUUUUAGUAAUUAAUUUCCCUUAUAACUCUCAGCUUAUCUUCCAUUUUUGAGGCUAUUUGGGACAAUAGUGAUGUAAAUGAGGAGCAACAAGCUUUUGAUGUCAAA